GUGGACCGAAGCGCCCUGGAGAACGGAACCACCGCCCGAGGGUAUCUUCUGCAGCUUCUGGGCCGUGUGGCGGAGCGUGCAGCAGAUCUCUGUGGCCGCGCACGCAUCAUCGUUUCUGACGAAAACCUAUGUGACUGGGAUGUCGAAAUUCGCCUUCCAGGCGAGACUCGCUUGGGGAGGCAGCUUGCCGACCAUAAGACACGGACCCAAGCCCAGGACUUUGUGCUUAUGAGGUUUCACUUCCCAGGCACGUUUCCCGCACAUCCGCCAGUCCUGUGCUGCAUUCGGCCCCGCCUGGCACUCACAAGCGCGGCGAGCAAGGUCCCUCUGACAGACGCUGGCAUCCUGCGCUUGCCAGAGCUAUCAAUGAUGCAUUGGCGACCUGACCAUGACCUAGUGGAUGUUGUUCUUCAAGUUUGCACAGUUCUUUCAUCCGACGGGCUUGUGCUGGACCCAUCGGAGAGGUCAUAUUCCUCGCCACCUGGAAACGUUGGACUCGGAACGACAGUCAAGCUACCCACAGUUUCGCGGUGCAUUGAGUUUUUCCCAGCUUCAAGUCUGGAUCUCGCUGCAGAAGUGUUGCCUGAACUUGCUGACGUUCCACCUGGUAGAGUGGUAUUGUCCCAGCGGCAUGCUCUAGACAUUUACAAUCGCAUCUUCGGAACUGAGCAGCAAAGCACGGCGGCUUUCCACGUGGAAAUCAAGAACUGCCGUAAAGAGAUCCGAGCAUUUGCUGGAAUGGCAGAGGUGUCUGCACUGGAAGAGCCCGUUGUACUUUUACCCUCGUGCAUGAUGCAGCAGCUCUUUUUGGAGGAUGGCGACCAGGUGCGCGUCCGUGCAGUGUCGCUUCCCCUUUGUGGCUGUGUCCACCUGCAACCUAAGAGCCAGGAUUUUUACGAAAUAGUUGGGGAUGAGCCAGAGCUCGUCUUACAGGAGUCACUGGCACGCCUUCCAGCUCUGACAUCGGGGUUGUCCAUCCAGGUCGAGGUGGCCAUAGCCAACAACUUUCAAAUUGGGCUGCGCAGGGUGGGUGUUGUCGUUGCUCGAUUGGAGGACCUCUCAGGCAAUGAUGUGUUGGCUGUCAAGCUUCCUGGUCACGCCGGAGUGCUCGGUGACCACGAGGUCCGCGUGGAGCUCCUUCCGGCCGCAGACAUGGACGAAAGCGUAAAGGAGCAUGAGGCGAGGCUUUGUGCAGAAGCUCAGCGCCAAGCGAAGAUUCAGCAUAUGCUGGAAGAGAAGCAUGCUCGACUCAAUGUCCAUCGAGCGAAUAUUGCGCAAGGUUUUCAUUCAGAGGAGGCAUGUGAACUCAACUCCACAGUUGAGCUUUGCUUCCGGUUUCCAAACGGAAGGCAGCUGCGACACCGAUGCCCCACCGACAGAAGUGUGUCGGACUUGAAGCGUCGCGUCUUCGGAUUGCUUGGAGACUCUGAUUUGUGGAAGCCGGGUGUGGACGAUGCAGCAGGCUUGGAAUUGGCGAUAUUUCCACGGAGAGUGCUCUGUGAUGCAGAGAAAGUGUUGCAGAUAGGCGACCGGGCAGUCGUUCAUGUUACAGAGAGCCUUGAGGCAGUGCAAGCGGCAGAGCACUCUAAGGCGGUGUUGGAUUCUGUUGUGUACCCAGCAGGAUUGGAAGAAGCAAUUACAUCUUCAACGCAUGAUUGUGACUUCAAAAACAUGGUCGUAGCUGUGGAUCAAAGCACCGACACCCCGGACCGUUCUGCCCGCAUAGCGCCGGUCCGCGAAGAGGGCUUGGAGACCCUGCCCUUUGCAGAGCUUCGCGCACUGGCAUUGACUUUGGGGCUGCUUGCUGCAGACAUUGCACGUGCUGUUGAUAAGGCAGAGCUGCUAGAACUCAUUACACAGCACCAACGCCGAGCAGCGAGGCAUGCUGCGGUCAGAACCCGUGAGAAUUCAGAAAGGUCAAACGACGCUGAGCGCAGAGCCUCCUCUGUGUCUGCUCGUGUCAGCUCCCAACUGCCCCAUCCGAGCAACCGUAACAGAAGCAGCCUGUCUGUCGGAGCACGUGAUCGACGCCUCGACUCCAACGUGGCCACGCCAUCCAUCCGCCAAGCGGAUUUUGUGCCGCGUGGCAGUAUGUCUUCAGCUCGUUUGCCUCGGCCUCCACGGGGAAGUGCGCCGGGUCCGGAGCCACGGGCAAGUGCUCGUGCUGCUAGUGCUGCUGGGUUACCUCUGGCUCCAAGAUCAGCAACUCGCAGCCCGCCAAGUCACCCCGAGCGCGGUGAAGCUCACAGCACGCGGAAUCCGAGGCGCCACGCGCCACGUCCACAUGAGCCUCUGCGAUGUGCGGGUCAAUUGAUGCUUGGGCCGGUUGGGAUGGUCGGAAACAACUCUCAGCAGCAAAGGGCUGGACAGAGACACCACUGUGGGGACUCGGCUGACUCAAUUUCUCCACGUCCAAAGCGACGUCCUCAGUGA